AUGACCAUCACUCUGUACAACAUAAAUGGGAGUCCACCCUGCAACUUAGUGCGCACACUUGCCAAGCAUGUGGGCAUUGAGUUGAAUCUUAAGAACUUGGACGCUGCCAACAAGGAGCACCUCAGGGAUGAAUACCUCAAGGUAAAUCCAUUCCACAAGGUUCCUGCGAUUGACGAUGAAGGUUUUAUUCUCUAUGAAAGUAAUGCCAUCGCCUACUACUUGCUCCGCAAGUACGCUCCCGACUCGGAGCUCUACCCGGCCUGCAUCAAGACUCGCUCCCAGAUCGACCAAAUUCUCUCAGCGGUUGUCACUACAAUUCACUAUGCAACGGUGGAUUCCCUCGAUAGACUCGGCCACCACAACAACAAGCAGCUCAGGGAAUCCCGUUGUGAAUAG